AUGGACACACCCACUGCGCCCGUCCAGGCUCUAUCCCCCUCGUCUCUGUUGGCCAUGUCCCUGCUACAGCCGAAUGGUACCGGGAUGGACGUGGAACUGUGGGACCUCAGCCAGUCGCAGACUUACAGAUGGGUCUUGUGGGUACAGACAAUUUUAGAACCGUUCAUUAUUUUAUUUGGUCUACUGGGUAACACGCUGGCGGUGACGACACUGAUGACGAAACACCUGCGCGUGACGUCAUGCUGCCUGUACCUGGCGGCCAAGUGUGUAGGUGAUGCUGUGUUCCUGGGUGUGUUGUUCGUCGUCUGGCUGUUCCGUGUCCACGCCAGGGUCAUCAACCAUGCCGGUAUUUGCCAGGUCAGUUCAGUUAGCUUCACGUCUGUCUGGCUGAUUGUCCUCGUGUCCCACGAGAACUUUGUCCGGAUCUCCCGACCCCACCUGGUCAAGGUCUACUGCACCCCUCGCCGGGCCGGCUUCAGCAUCGCCCUCGUCUUCAUCAGCGCCGCCAUCAUCUACAGCUUUCAUCUGUGGAUAACCCAGGUCCAGAUGGACGAGAACGGCGAGAUGAGCUGUGUGGCUGUAGCCAGGUGA